GAGACUGAGCCGCAGAAUAAGGGAGGAGCGGAAGGCUCGCGCCGGCGUACUAGGUGACACCAUCACGCCGCCGUCUGAUCGAAGAGGGAGAAGAACACCGCGCCUACCUCGCCGUCGCCGUGGAGGCCAUUGCUGUCGAGCUGAGUCCAGAGGAAGGCUCGAGGGAGCAGCUGCCUCACGCGAGCUAAGGGAGCUCGUCCUCGCCGAUUUGCCGCCGCGUUGCUCGGGACUGUCGCGCCGCCACCGUCGUCCAGGGAAGACCACCGCCGCGUCGCGUCGAGGAGGAAGGCCGAGACUGAGCGACGCUGGGAGAGAAGAAGACGCGAGACGGAGGAGCUGCGUCCAGUCGCCGCCGUCGCGCCACUGACCGCCACCGUUCCGCCGUCGCCGUCCGUAGGGGUUCUGCCAGGAGAGAGUUCGGGAGCAGAGCAGACGAGAGAGAGAGAUCUGAGGCUGAGUUGGGAGUCCAACCACCGCGCCCAGCCGCCGUUCGCGUCGACGGCGCUGCCUCCGUCGGAACUGCCGCCGUCAGGAAAGGGUUCAAGCCGCCGCAGGUGUUACUGCCGGAGAAGGGAGCUGCGUCUCCGUGACUCUGACCGCCGGGAGUGGUUCUGUGACUUCCGGGACCACCGACGAAGCUUCUGGCUGUUUCUGCCGUCGCCGGAAAACUCUGCCGUCACCAUUGCCGGAGCCCGGGUCGCCGCUGCCGCUUGAAGUGGCUGCUGGGCUGCCGCCGAACCGGUUCGGAGACCGCCGCUGUUUCGGUUCAGCCGUUCCUUCUUCGUUCGAGUCGUUGUGGUGGCUGAGAAAGCGGUUUGGAGCUGAGGUUUUGAUUGCAGUCGAUUCGGGUGGAUACGAAAGGAGUCAGUUAGCGAGUUUGGGUUGUGAUUUCAACGUAUUGAGGUAGCCAGUUCUGUUCAAGGUCCUGAUUGGAAAAGUUAAACAGAAAAUAAACCUACUGCUUCUUCAGUGUUGAUGUGGCCAAAGACAUACAAUUCUGUUGUAGAGGAUUGUGUCUCAUCUUAAUUCUCAAUUAGCUGGUGCUGUAGUAACUCCAAAGAUCUUAAGUGAAACUUUUUGGUGGUUUACUCACGCGUACAGUUUCUCCAUGAAGACUUGGAGGCAAUUUAUUGGACUGUGUAUAUAUUUGUUGGUGUGGAGUUCAUUUAUAUCAUCUCCUAUUGUGGAUUCUGCAAAUUCAAACUUCAACAGUGGAAAUGAAAGAACCUUUCAUCCCGUCAAGAAAUUUGUGAUGCAAUCUUAUUUUGACAGGCACAUAGAAUUACAUGAUUCAGUUUUUGAUAAUUUUAUAUCUCAAGAAGACAAUGUUGGUUUGUGUCAAGUGCUUCCAGAAAACCAUGAUUUUGUGCCAAGAUUGUCAGUUCUGAAGCGAGAUCUUAUUGGCGAAGGUUCUCAUCGUCAUGUGUCUACGUUACUAAAAUUUCAAUCUCAGCAAUUAGAGUCUUCGUCCCAACUUCUAAGCUCCUCGUGUGACUUCAUAAUUAUUGAAAGACUACCUACCGGGGUUUUUGCUGAUCCAUUUGAACUACAGCGACUUGUUCAGCGUGGUGUCUUCAAUGAUGUUGAUGUCUUUGGUGAUACAAAUCUGGAACUUCCUUCCUUCUUGUCUAAUCGUUCUGCUGUUGAAAUACAUUUGGUUGUUGACCCAAAUAAAUUUCUAGAGCCAACUGAUAUCAAGAUUGAGCUUCCAUUGCAUGCGCGCUAUCAACCUCUAAAUGAAAGUGGCUACUCCACAGUUGAACUUGGUAUGCCUGAUAUUCUGGUGCGCUGCAGCACAAAGGAAAGGUCAGAAAAUCAAAAUUAUUUCUUCAAAUUGACCAACAAUGAUGCUGAUGUUAUGUAUGAAGCUGACGUUCUUUGGAGAAUUCCUUCUGGGAAAAAGGCACAUUCUAACCUAGUCUUUGUCAUUACAUUUAGUAUAGCCUUGUUAUCAACUCUUGUAAUUUUUCUCUCGUCAUUAGAAUAUUCUAAGAGCAGAGUGAGAAAAGAUUCCAAGCAAUCUUAGAAGUUCUUCCGCCAAGAAUUCUGGGUAUUGAUUAUGGUGUCUUGUCCCUUCUUUUAUGGGUAUUGACAAAGUUUAGGUGGCUUUAAUAUUGGUCAGUCAACCAAGGUCAGAGUAUAUGUCUGUGCUUAUGAAAAGAGUGUUCAUAGCAAUAGAAACUAGAAAGGACUCGAAUCCACAUUAUUUUGAGAUAUGUUCUGAACAUUGACUUCUUUGCUGACUCUCCUUUACAGUAUAUCUCGUCUAUAAUAACCCCCCAGGCAUGAUUUGGGUGAAAAUUGCUAUUACUA